UCUUUAACCGAAAAAAAAGAGAAACGAUUGUGCUCGAUUGAACGAACGCGAACGCCGCAGCGACGGACGCUGCUCCGCAAACGAUGUAAAAUAAACCUACGCGAACACGCAGCCGUUACAUUCACCGGCGGGAAGGUGUGCUGAUAAUCUCGCGGAAAGGAAGAGCAAUAUGUUUUUUAACAGAUGAUGUGUCCAGGCGGAUUUGCAGGGUUUAACGACGCCGCUCAAACAAGAGAAUCAAACGCUCUCCCAAGGAAAGGAGUAAACACCGGCAACCCUACACGACAAAUUACGCUCAUAUCCAACGAGAUGCUGACGAACUGUUGAGUCUGUAACAUAAAUUGGAGAAAGCGAGACCUUUCGACGAGCUGCUUCAGUUUAAAUAACGACAGAGGAUGCAGCACACCGGCUACACCUGAAAAUCCUCCCUCAGCGAAGGCCAUUCACUUGGGAAUCAGUCAUAUCUGAGCCAGCUACAAGUAUCUCUCAGCAGGAAAUGGAGAUAAGGAAAGUUCGCAGCAAAAACUGAAUUAACCUGCAGAUAUACUUGGAAAACAAGCACCCUCUGCUACUCCUGUGAACAUCGAGCACACGUGGAAGAUUAGGGGCACAGAAAAGAGCAAGUAAAUCUUGUCGUUGACAGCUGGCAACACUGGAAGGAACAGCUGAGGAACUUUAUAAGAGGGUGAAAGGGUGAUCACAGAGUGAGAGAGACGGGGACUGACAGAGAGCCAGAGUGCAGGAGGGGGCGGCGGAGGAGUGGGAAAGGUCAAUCGCCAUGGCGACCGACCCAGGAGAGCCCACUGCCACGGAGGAGUCCUCUGGAGAGAAACCUGAUGGAGAGAGGGAGGAGGAGAGUGACCAGGGGAACAGGGCCGCCAGGGAGAGAGAGGGGAUGCACAGCACUCCGUCUGAUUUCCCCUCCUCCCAGAGCCAGGAAAGGAGAGCUUGGGGUGCAGGAGGGGGAGGUGGCGGAGUGCAGGACGGUAAAGAAACAGAGGUGCCGGCCAGACCUCUGACCUUCUUCAUGCCCUCCUCCCCAGCAGCCGAAGAACCGUGUCGGAAACGGGAGAACAAGCGCUUUUUCCGGAAGAGCGUGGAGAUAUGCGAAGAGGACGACGAGGUGGAAGAAACCUCUGGCGCCUCUCACAGCGCCCCUCACCUCGAGUUUUGUGCCUCCGACUCUGUUUUUACCAGCGGAGCCCAGCAGUUACCCACCAGUGCCUCGGCUGCCUUGGGUGAGGAUGGCACUCAAGGCACGCAGGAUCCCGAUAAGACCGGCCUUACGGCUCCUGCUCUGAAGGGGAAGGAGAGAGAUAAAGAACAGGAAGAGGAGGCCGAGAUGAAGGCCGUAGCCACUUCACCCGGUGGUCGCUUUUUAAAAUUUGACAUUGAGCUUGGCAGAGGAGCGUUCAAAACAGUUUACAAAGGCCUGGACACGGAAACCUGGGUGGAAGUUGCCUGGUGUGAACUGCAGGAUCGAAAGCUGACCAAAGCGGAGCAGCAGCGGUUUAAAGAGGAGGCUGAAAUGCUAAAGGGUCUGCAGCAUCCCAAUAUUGUGCGCUUCUAUGACUCCUGGGAGUCUGUUCUUAGAGGCAAGAAGUGCAUUGUCCUAGUGACUGAGCUCAUGACCUCAGGAACGCUCAAAACGUACCUUAAGCGCUUUAAAGUGAUGAAGCCCAAGGUUCUUCGAAGCUGGUGCAGGCAAAUCCUAAAGGGUCUACAGUUCCUACACACACGUACGCCACCCAUUGUGCACCGUGACCUCAAGUGUGACAAUAUCUUCAUCACAGGCCCGACCGGAUCAGUAAAGAUUGGCGACCUGGGCCUUGCCACCCUCAUGCGAACAUCGUUUGCCAAGAGUGUCAUAGGUACUCCAGAGUUCAUGGCCCCAGAGAUGUACGAGGAGCACUAUGACGAGUCAGUGGAUGUCUAUGCCUUUGGCAUGUGCAUGCUAGAAAUGGCUACCUCAGAGUACCCAUAUUCAGAAUGCCAAAAUGCUGCACAGAUCUACCGCAAAGUCACUAGUGGUAUCAAGCCUGCCAGUUUUGACAAAGUAAACGACCCUGAGGUAAAAGAAAUCAUUGAGGGCUGUAUUCGCCAAAACAGACUUGAGCGGCUCUCAGUAAAAGACCUUUUAAAUCAUGCCUUCUUUGCGGAGGACACUGGCGUGCGUGUGGAGCUCGCUGAGGAAGAUACAGGCUGCAAAGACUGCCUGGCUCUGCGCAUCUGGGUGGAAGAGCCAAAGAAACUCAAAGGCAAGCACAAGGACAACGAGGCCAUCGAGUUCAGCUAUGACUUGGAGAAUGAUAGUGCUGAAGAAGUUGCACUAGAGAUGGUGAAGUCUGGAUUUUUCCAUGAAAGUGAUGCUAAGGUGGUGGGGAAGUCAAUCAGAGACAGGGUGACUCUGAUUAAGAAGUCCCGUGAAAGACGGCAACAGCAGCUCCUCCAACAGCAGCAGCAACAGCAACAACAACAAAGUCUGGAUGAACGCCGUGACUCCUCAGUCCUAACCUCCUCCUUUACUUAUGUCCAGCCUUCAGGCACCACCUCCUCACAGGGUACAGGAGCUGCUGUAGCUACUGGGGCUCAAGGAGAGGCAGAGGAGCUGCCGGAAGUGGACCAACAUGUCCAACAGCAAGGCACUGCUUUGGGCCUCACAGAGGGGGAGAGUCUUCCUGCUGUCAGUGGACAAAGCCAAGCUUUUUCUGUACCUGAGACAGCGAACCAAUGUGCUCAUGCUCAAACCAGCUACCCCACUGCCGCAUCUGGAGUGAAAGGAGCAGGGGUUGUGUCUCAUCCCCAGCUGCUCCCUAUUGGUCAGAGCGGAGGGGUUCCAAAUGUGCCUGUUGGCCAGAAUGGUGGGAUAUCUGGCAUUUCCAUUGGCCAAAGUGGUGGUGGGGCUCCUAACAUUCCUGUGGCACAGACUUUCAUUCAACCAGUUACUAUGGCAUCACAGGUCCCAUUAAGUGUGCCUCAACAAUAUUCGCAGCCCCUCCCACAAUACUCAACAGAUGUUACAUCCUCGCAGAUGUUACACUCCCGAUCCACUGAUGCCUCCACUCCCCACACUUCUCUUGCACAGUCACAGUCAUACAUCCCCCCUGUAUCACCCCAGGCACCCAUGACUGUCCUCACUUCCUCCAUCCCGGCUGGAGAACCUAUAGCAUCAGCAGGCAAAAUAAUGACACCUUUGCAAACCCAAACUACUAUUGCUUCGGUACAACCCACUGAUGUUUUGCCCCAGAAAACUAUUGUUCAGACGCAACAGCAGGUGAUGUCAGAAUUGCCCGCAACAUUGCAACUUAACAUCCAGCAACCAACACCACAAAAGCAGGCAAAUAUAAUACAGCAGCACCAGACGGUGUUGUUGCCACAGCAAACAGACCAUGUUCAGCAAAUGACGGUUUUGUUACAACAGCCACAGCAUGUAGAAAAACCCCAGGUGGUUCUGCAGGAACAGCCGCCACAUUCUAGUGCAUCUCAGCAGCCAUAUAUCCCAUUGCCACAGCAGAAACAGCAAACAAUGACCAACCCUCAGCAAAGUGAUCUACAACAGGUGUACAUGCAACAACCUGCAACCAAACCCCAACAGCAAGUUGUAAUACAGCAACAUCAGGCUUCAGUACAACAACCCCCAGUGGAACAAUAUCAGCAUCAGACUCCGCAACAGCAGGCACAGCAAGUGUAUUUGCAACAAAUGUCUGAAUCACAGGAGCAGAACAUGGUAAAAGCUUUGGUACAACAGCCACCGGUGCUUCAAACAAUCCAGCAGCCAUUGCAAUUGACGGAGAGACAACAACAGCAACUUCUGAUUAGGCAACAAAUGGAGCAGCAACAGAAAGCUGUUUUGCAAAGUCAAAUGGAGAAACAACAACAGCAAGUUUAUAUUCAGCCACCACAACAGCAGCAAGUUGAGCAGCAGCAAAUUCUCUUGCAGCAACAACAAAACUUGGCGGUACAGCAACAGAUUGAGCAGCAGCAACAGGCAUUACAUCAACAAAAGCAAAUAGAACAGCAGCAAAAGGCGAUUUUACAGCAACAGGUGGAACAGCAAAGACAACAGCAACAGGCUUUGUUUCAGCAACAGCAAUUGGAGCAACAACAAGCAUUACUUCAGCAGCAGCAGCGCGAACAACAACAGGCUCUUCUGCAGCAGCAACAAUUGGAACAGCAAGCUUUGAUACAGCAACAGCAGCAACUCAAAUUAAAACAACAACAAGCUAUUUUACAUCAGCAACAGUUAGAACAGCAGCAGCAGGCUUUGUUUAAACAGCAGCAGCAACAACAACAGCUCGAGCAACAGCAAGCUCUAUUGCAACAGCAGCAGCAACAAGCGCUCAUUCAGCAGCAGCAGCAGUUAGAGCAAAAAGUACUGCAGCUGCAACAGCAGCAACAAAUCGAACAGCAGCAAACUUUAUUAAGCCAGCAGCAGUCUCAGCAGAUAGAGCAACAUGUUCUUCAGCAACAGCUGCAACUACAGAAGCCGGCAGAUCAACAAUUGCAACAGCAGAUAUUUCAACAACAGACCGAACAGCAACAACAAACAUUGCUACAGCAAAGAGAGUCACAGAUGCAGCAACAUCUCUUAAUGCAACAACAUCAGAUUGAAUUACAGCGGCAAAUAUCCGAAAAACAACUGCAACAAGUUUUAUUACAGCAGCAACAUUUGGAGCAACGUGCUCCUCUGGCAGAUCAUAGCGGACAACAGCAAGCAACCCUAGUGAAAACUCAGCCUCCAGAGACGAUCCAGCAGAUUAGUCAAAUCCAGCACUCUCAACAAAUGCUUCCCCCACAACCUCAUCUUGCUCAACAACAAACUGAGCAGCAGCAUGUUUUGAUUCAACAGCAACAAGCUGUCCUCCCCCAGGCAUCACACAGACCAUCUCUGGUAGAGUUGCAAGUUCCAACCUUGGUUCAAACAGUACCAAAAAUGGUUAGCGCUCAAAUACCUAGUCAAGUCCCAGCCCCAGUACUCAUUCAGCAGCAGGUACCACCACAGAUGUCUGCUCAACCUUCAACGCAAGUUCAGAUCCAAAGUCAAGGGGAGCCUGCGAUUUAUUGUCAGAUUCCCUUGCAGUCUCAAAGUCAUCCUGCACCCCAGACAAUAGGAGGCCAUAUUCAAUCAGGCCCACUACAAGUUCCACAAGCAACUCAACAAAUCACAUCUCCAACACAAGUUCCUACACCACAACCCAUUCAUUCUUUUAUCCCAACUCCAACACAAAUGGUCUCACAAGGGCAAACUCUUCCAUCCCAAUCUCAGUUGGUACCACCUCAAGCUGCGGCUUCUCUCCAGUGUCAAGUUGCAGUAGGAUCAACUACCCCUGCUCCUCUUGUGCAUGCUACAGUCCCAGCUGCUUCUACACUUUUACCCCCACAAUAUGCUCAAGCACCUGUCGCUUCACAAAACAUCCAGCCUGUUCAGCUAGACCUCACACAAUCUGUGAAACAACAGCCACCUCUGCAGCAAUAUCAGCAAGCAGUACUGUCUCCUGUGUCACUUGCACCUACCAUCAACCCAAUGGCCACUUCAUCCACGCAGUGCUUUUUACAACAGACAAACCAAUCUCAAAUGCAGACCCAGGCUCCGCAAGUUAUCCAAGCUCAGCAGCAACCAAUCAGUGUGCCCUCGAUGCAGACAGUUUUGCAGCCCAUUCCUCCUGUACAACCUCAGGCUACGCAACCAUAUGAACAGCAGCUGCCACAAACCCAACAUGUUCAGCAACAACAACCCCUGCACCAUCAGCAUCAGGCCCAACCUGUGCAGCAGCUUUUGCAACCGAAUGCUGUCCUACAGCAAGAUCUCCACCAACAACCUAGUCAGAGUCAACCAGUGCUCCAACAUAUGCUCCCAAUUCAUAUUUCACCCAGUCAGGUACCUCAAACCCAAGCUAGAACAGUACCACUGUAUAGUCAGGUGGUUUCAGGACCACCACCCUCCCCACAGAACCAGCAGAAACCAACACUUCCCACUCAAGUGCACACACAGACUAGCAUGCAAUCACAAUCACACUCAAAUGCACAGGUACAGACCCAUGUAGAGGCUACUGGGAGUUUUGAGCAACCUCCUUACUCCCAAACUGCCUUUAUUCCAUCACAGAUCCCCCCAAGUCCAUCUCAUACUUCCCUACAGCCGCCUGCCACACUCCCAGCCCUAAAACCAUCUGUCCCAGUUUCAGAAAUUCCUGUUACAGUAGAGGCACAGCUAACCCAGGCAAGGCCUGCCGAUAUGAUCCCCUCUUCCCCUCCUACUGUGAGUGCUUUACAGUCCCAUGACUCUAAUGGAUCUGUGUUGCCCACCACCUCGCUGACAGAAAGUGACGCUGCAUUGCUGGGCAUUGCUCAGGAGAGCCUAAAUCAGUCUGCCAAUAGGGGCUCUUCAUCAGGCUCUGCUCCUGCCAAUGGAGAUGAGGGUCAAUCGCAGUGGGCCAGUGGAAAACAAGAUAAGAUAAAGUCUCAGAGGAGAUCAUCCUGUCAAAAAGCUGAAAAAACUCAUUUUCAACUCAGUAUGUUGCAGGUCUCAGGCACAGGGGACAACAUGGUAGAGUGUCAAUUGGAGACUCAUAGCAACAAGAUGGUCACAUUCAAGUUUGACAUUGAAGGAGAUGCACCAGAGGACAUUGCAGAUUAUAUGGUGGAGGAGGAUUUUGUCCUUGAGCCUGAAAAAGAGAAAUUUGUUGAGGAGCUGAGAGCUAUAGUGAAGAAAGCUCAAGGAAUACUAAGUACUCACUCACAGACUGGGUCUUUGGAACAGCUCCAUGUGAGCACCCCAUCCAGUGCAACAAUGGAUUCAGCCCCUCAGUCUUCCCCCGUGGGUCGCUGGCGAUUCUUCAUUAACCAAACCAUUCGCCAUCGUGACUCACACUCCAACCAGGGAGCUUCGACUCCACCUCCAGUGGGAGAGACCCGAGUUCCCAAGUCCACAGAAACAGAGAAAGAUCAUGAGAGUCCUCAGCGCUCUGAGUCUUUUGCUGGGAUAGCAUCUUCCCCAAGUUCUUCACUGUCUGCAUCCUCUCCUCCAGUCUCUACUGUAUCAGCUCCUGCAUCCAUGUCAGCCUCAGCCAUUGCUUCCCAAAAAGAUGUAACACCUACUCCCUUGCCAACAGUGAAGCAAGCCUCCUCUGCUGCCCUGCCUGCAGGUCCAAUCCCUGUUAUGGCUUCCAGCACCUCUGCUGGUCCUUUCCCUGCAGUUGGAGCCCUUAUAUGCUCCAAUGUGGACCAAGGAAAAGCUGCUGUUAAAGGUGAGGCUGAGCAGCCCCUCUCUACCUUAUCUAAUUAUGGGACCCCUCCAGCUUCACUGGUGAUCCAUGCUGAUCCUUCACAGCAACUACAAGUACAAACCCAAAUGGCACCCUUGCAGACAACGGAUAUACUUCAACAAACCCAGACACUACACUCAGCAAUGGUUAUCACAGAACAAGUUCAGAAACAGCAGAUUAUACCUCAGCCAGUGCGCCAGGUUGCUCCUCAGCCACCUACCCUUCAAUCUAGCGAGUCAAAAACACUACCACAGCCAAUUCCAAUAGAGACCAUACCUUCGCAGGGAGCUCUUCCAGCUGCCCAGGUUCAGCAGGUUCCUCACCAGCUAUUACCAGUUGAAUCUCAACAGCCGGCAAUGCAACAGAGCGCUUUCUUGCAGCAACACAGCCUUCAGACAGCUACUACUGAGCUAAUCCAGCAGCACAAGGUAGAACAGUAUGUGUCUCAAGAAACCACAGCGAUACUGACCAUGCAUCCACAGCAUGUCCUCCAGACCCAAGAUCCCCAACAGCUUCGAUCUGCAUUUCAGCCAGUGAUCCCGCAGCAGCUUCCUAGUGAGCAAACGCAGAUGUUACUCCAGCAAGUAUCGCAUGAGAUGGCACCAAUGACACAAACCUCAGUGCCUCCGGCUGUGCAGAAGCAGGCGUCUAUCCAGCAGUCGGAGUCUGAGCUGUCCACAGGUGAAGACACCGUCAGCCACUCCGCACCACCUCAUCCCUCUUCAGACACCUCUCUCCCACCUCUGCCGCUCUCUGAAACGGCUCUUCCUGCCCUCUCCCACACUUUCACACCCUCUCCGGCCCAGCCCUCCUCAGUAGCGGAGUCAGACAGCGAAGGCCCACCCAAAAUUGAGUUUGUGGACAACCGGAUCAAGACAUUAGAUGAGAAGCUGAGGACUCUUCUGUAUCAGGAACACAGUGGUAGUGGGGCAGCAAUGGGAAGUGGCUCCACCAGUAGCUCUGCUCCUGCCCCCUGCUCCACCUCUGGAUCUGCUGCAGCCUCCACCGCAGUUGAUGAGAUUUCAGAGCUCCCCAACACUUUCUCCAUUCCUCCUGCAACUUCCUCAGACACCUCCCCUCACUCCACCUCUUCUACCACCUCCUCCACCACCCCUCGCUCUUCCUCUACCUCUCCAGAUGGAGAGCGAGAGCGAGCAGGUGAAGAGGAGACGAUACCAUCUGCUGUGCAACGCCAACCUGCUUCAUCCUUCUCAUCUACAUCCCCUCCAUGCUCUCUCGUUUCCCCUCCACAGGAGCCUGGAUCUCCAAAAGUGGCCAAUGAAUCAUCUGUAAGUGCUCCCCCUUCCCUCACUGAAAGCUCCACCCCAGGAGAUGUUCUGUUGCCUUCCUCUUCUCAGCCGCCUGUCCCCCUGUGGCCUGGACAACAGCAGCAGCACAAUGAAGGAGGUGGAUAUUUUGGCCUAAACCUGACAUGUCCUAGUAUCAGAAAUCCUGUUAGCAAGAAAUCCUGGACUCGCAAAUUCAAAAGCUGGGCAUGCAAACUGCGCCACUCCGCCAGCUUGUUCAAGAAGCCCAGAGUCCAGCAAGAUGGCAACCUGAGCCAGGGGUUGAAGGAGGAUAGGGAACCAUCUACAAAUGACCAACCGUGUUCACGCAGAGGCCGUUUCCAGGUGAUUCCAGUGUCCCAGUCCGCUGAACCCCUUCCAACACAGGAAGCUGCACCAAGCCAGGGAAUAAUGCAAAGAAAAGUUGGGCGUUUCUCAGUCACCCAGGCCGAACAGAGAGAGGAACAUUUGACCGACAGCUCCCCCGUGUCACCUGACCUUGAGCGAGAGAGGAGAAAAUCUAAAGCAAAAGAUGGCGAGAAAGACGAGAAGAGAACUACAGCGCCCAGUCACCCGCCAAGGAGUCAUGCACACUCACCCCUGGGCAGCAGCGACGAUGAGAGCGAGGUGGAGGAUGAAGAUUUGAGGAGAGAACUCCAUAAGCUGAGAGAGAAACACAUCAAAGAGGUGGUGUCCCUGCAGGCACAGCAGAACAGAGAGCUGCAGGAUUUGUAUAGGCAGCUCCGCUCCCUUAAAGACCACAGGCAACCUCUGUCCAUGACUCUACCCCGGACCUCUCCUCUGCCCACCGCACCUCUCGCCAUCUCCCCCCGCAGACCCCGACCCGCCAAAGCCAAGCUUCGGCCCCGACCCCACUCUCACAUGGAUAACAACGGAGUCACACACCAAGGGAGUCUUCAGCAGUCUAGCAGCUAUUCUGGUGGAGAGCAAAACAGGCUUCAUUCAUACUGCAAGCCAGAGAAAUCCCCAUCACUAACCACUAAUAGAGACCAGAGUCCUUCAGCCCAGGGUUCUGCCAAUAGAAAGAGCACAUUCACAGAUGAGCUGCAUAAGCUUGUUGAUGAGUGGUCAAAAGAAACGGUUUGUCCUGUUCAACCCAAGCCUUCACUAAAUCAAAUCAAACAGAUCCAACAAGUGCAGGAGUUGGGCGGUUGGGGCCAGACUACUGAGACAACCGCCUCAUCUGGUUGGUUUUCCGGAGCCCCUUUGACCUCUCCCGUAUCAGUCAGCAUGUCUACAGCGGCGGCUAUACGAGAUAGCACCAUCGGUGGACAGACUCAGCUGCCUCCGACGCAGUUUCCCAUCGCUCCCAUCUCCCAGCAGAACACGAACGUGCAUCGCCAGCCCCUGCAGUACAGCCCGUCUCCCCUGCACCCGCAGCAGGUCCAGCUUCUAUCAGGACCCCAGCCCUCGGUGUCUGGCGCGCCCUCCCUCGUCACUCCGGCGGGGCCUCCGCUGCCCCCCGCUACCAGCAUCACGACUGCCUCUGCCCCCGCCACCAAUCAAGACGCCGUCUUCUCCUCGUGCUCCUCUUCCUCGUGCUCCUCUUCCUCCUGCUCCACCUCCGCUCUGCCACCCAGUGCCAAACUCCACCCCAAACCCUCCACAUCCACCCUUCCUUUAGGACAGCAGUGAGAAGAUGGGUAGCGGUGUACAUCUUGUACAGGAAGGACGCUAGUAGCAAGCGGUUGCGUGUUGGUGUGUGUGGGUAUGGGGGUGUAUAAAUACUGUAGUGUGUGUAUUUGUGUGCGCGUGCGUUUGUGUUGCAUUUUUCAAAAACAUAUCCUCUGUGUGUUUCCACACCGACAAGUUUUCUAUCCGACUUAACUCGCCCUAUAUAGAGACAUUUUUGACAUGAGAGAUGAUCCUCUUUGUUUUUAUUUAUCAGUGCUUCAAACGAAAGGACUAUUUGAAUUUUAAAAAGUGCAAUUAGUAACUGAUAUUUAAAUUCAUCUUUUCUGUGUUGUUGUGACGUGAAUCUGUAUAGCUUAAAAGAAAUAUUUUUUAUAUAUACGCACAGAAACGACAACAACAACCAGACGUCAAGCAGCAAAGCGCCAUCUUUGUAGAGCACAACGGAUUCAGCCGGCGGCGGGAUCGAUCGCAUGUUCCAGCGCAGAGCAUGGUAACCUUGCAACCAUCAUCGUAGCUACGAAAAACAAUCGUUGUGCACGGAUAAGGCAUGCUCCUCAUGUAUUAUAUUUUACGAUGAUAAAUAGCGGUAACGUUUUAGACUUAGCCAAGAUUUUUUCUAGAAUAACAUAAAUAGCCAUCGACUAAUAAUUCCUUUUAAGAUCCUGCAGCUGAUUCUGAGAGAAAGGAAAAAAAAAAAAAAAAAUUCAUUUGGUUUCAAAUGAAACUAGCUAAUAUGAUUGCAGUAUUUUCCUCUCUGUUUUAGCAGACGUUCAUGCUUUUAAGGUUUACACCAUUAACAUUAAUCCCAUGGUGAAGUGUGCAAGACUAGACGGCUGUUUGGAAAGCUCAAAGUGAAGUGAAUGCAGCUUGUUCUUGUUCUUGUGUAUUUUUGCACAGUCCCGUAUGAACGUGCUUCCGUGCACACCGAACUGUGAUCUGUGAACUGUGAGUUUGCUUUUAAUGAAUGCGACGCAUCAGCAAAACACUGGCAAAAAGAUGUAUUCCUCAUUGAAUCUAACUUUUCAUCAGAUGCUACUCUGGUGGAAAAUUCCACACGCACACACACACACAUACACGUAGAUAUAACUGCCAAGCAAGUUUGGGAGAAAAUCCACAAAUAGGUUGCCUUUCUACAGUGUAUUUUUCCUGAUCAUAAAGCUUUUAUGUGAUUCAGAUAUCAGAGCCCAGCCUUUAAAUCAGCAGCUACACAACUCUUGUUGUAUAGCCUGACUGCUUGCCGUUGUCAGAAUGCGUUCUUCAUAAGUCUGCAAUGCCCAUAUACAGAAACCCCGACUGUGGUCUUCAGUGUUUUGUUGGGAAAAGUAACGGAAGGUUAGUACGAAUGAGGCAACCUGCAUUUUUUUUCCAAGAAGUAGGUGAGAGAUAGACAGGGUGGAAUGUAUUGUGUAAGGUGCACUGGGAACGAGGAACCGGUUUGUGUUGUGAAGCUUUUUAACUUGUGCUAAUGCUUGAACUCGUGGAUGUUACAAAAAGAGGUCAACGUGACCGCUGCCUACGGAGGGUGGCGAUCAUUCAGUUUCCAGUAUUUCGUGUCACUUUUCUAAAGACAAAGACCCACCUCUUCACGGUAAACCAACAGUACAGUGGUGGUGAGUCAGAAGGCUGUCGUGUCUAAGAAAACUCCAGACAUUAUCCAUUUGAUCUGCACAAAUGGGGAAAUGUAAAGAUGACCCUCUGCUGAAGUGUUACCAAAAUGUAAUCUUAAAAAGAAAGCGUUAUUUUUGUAUUUUGAAAAGGGUUGUAAAAAAUGUAAAAUUCUGUACUGAUCAGUGUUGAGAAAGCUGUGGUUAUCUGAUAAGACACAGGUCCUGAAACGGUUUCUUGAGUUCCCCUGGCUUCCAACUUUACUCCAAAAGUCAGUUCAAACAUUACAAUGAUAUAUAGAUUUGAUUUUUAGAGGGGUUUAAAUUCAGAGCUAGUGAUUGGGAAUGUUAGAAGCCAAAUCAUUUUUACAGUGGAGGUAUAAGUGUGGGUGAAGCUGUACAGAAGAACCGGGGGGUCUCAGAAUUACUUGACUGACCACCAAUAAUUAAAGGUUAUUUAAAUGAAAAUAAUCUAUAGGGGACUAAACUUAUUGCUGGUGAUUUUAGCUACUGUAAAUUGUAACUAAUUCAACUGUUGAUUCUAUUUAUGUUUUGUAACUAAUCAAAAAUAAACACCAAAUGUUAAACAUCAAA